GCAACUCCACUCUUGUAUGGGGAUUUGCUGCAAUAACAAAACGUGUAAGAAACUGUAAACAAGGAGACGAAAUGAGAAGUAAAUCUCAGACAAAUGCCCACUCUUUAUGAGAGAAUCUUUCGACUCUCAAAACCAUUCUUCCUUAGCCGGCUUUUCACUCUUCCAUUUCACUUCAUUUCUUCGAUUUUAACCAAAAAAGAAGAAUCUUUUCUGUCCCUUCUCACAAUUUUCCUUUGCAUAAAAAUGGAAAGAAUUUCCUUCAUGAUUCUUGAAAGAGGAACCCUAUACUCACCACUGCUAGUUACAGUAUAGUUUUACUAGCUCUAAAUUCUUAAUUUCAGCCAGCGUAUUUAAGGCCAUUGAAAUAAGUUUGAUGAAGGGAAAAAAAAUAUUUCAGAUCUGCAUUUAGUGGACUUACCAUCUCUUGAACAUCACCACUUUUCAUUUUCCUCACACGAGUCUUGGCCACCGUGUGGGACUAAAAUGCGUCGAAUUUCUGUUUUGCUGCUGUGGUGGGUUCUGAUAAAUUGAGUUGAUAUAAGAUUUUUUUGGUUAGAAAUGCGCGGCCGAGGCGGGAUGGUGGCUGGUGGCAGUGGUGGUGGUGCAAUUGAUCCUAGAAACCUGCAUUUGAAGAAAGAGUUGACGCAAAUUCGGAAGGCUGCCCGCGUGUUAAGGGACCCCGGGACCACUUCCUCAUGGCGGUCCCCGCAUAAUUCAGCGAGAUCCAUUGCCAAGAACCAUCAUUUUCACCAUCACAACAAUGGCGGCCGCCACUCAAUUGAUGACAACGUCUUUCGUUCUUCCUCUCAACAAUUGGUUCAACUCCCGUUGCAAGUUGAAAAAGGUAAUAAUUAUAGUAAUAGUAGUAAUGCUAACAAUAAUGCCAAUGUAAACGUGGUAAAAAAAGAUAGAAAGGUAUUUCUGUAUAAUUGGAGGAGUCAAAAAUCCGAAAGCGAAAGUAGGCAGAUUGGUGAGGAUGAUGUUGAAAACGCUAAGGAUGACGGGUCAUCUUCGACUACGGAGGAGAGUGCGGACGUUGAUAGCUCGAGUGAUGCGCGAAAUGGUGGUGCAAAUGAUUCCAAGAGUGAUACUUGUUUGAGUGACAGGUACGCUUCUGGGAUUUUUAAGUGCAAAGAUACCAUUUUUAGGCCUUCUACUAGGCGCAAAAAUAAGAAGUCGAAGAGGAGUGAUUAUUAUAGUGCCAGUUUGAGGCAUCAUAAUGUAAACUUGAAGAAACAAAAUAUAUCGAGUAGAGACGCAAAAUAUGUAGUGGAAGGUAUCGCUGAUUUGGGUUUAGGAAGGGAUGAUUUGGUAAGUUUGAUGGAUCAGUCUGAUGAUACUGAGGACUUUCCUAAUUCUGAUGAUUUAAGGAGGGAGUCUGCCAUUUUACCAUUGCUUGCCAGGCUUCAGAAUAAGGAUUGUGUUCGUUCACCGUCGAAGCUGUUGAAGAGUAAUAGAAAAGAAAAUGAUUCUAUUUCAUCCAUUACUCCAGCAUUGUCAACGAGUUCUUUUAAAUUUGGUGAUAGGAAUCCGAGUACUAUUGGGUCGUGGGAUGCUACCACAGCAUCUUUCAAUAAUGCAGAAGAUGAGGUGGAAGACCACUUGGAUUUGUCAGGGAUACUUGGCUGCGGGAUUCCUUGUUAUUGGUCAAAAACGUCAAUGCUGAAGUUUAGAGGGAAUGGCAGUGGUUCGCCAUCUCUUUCUGAUACUUUAAGGAGGAAAGGAAGCAGCAUUUUCUGCGGAAGUCAAUCCUUAUCCCAAAGAAGACAUCAUCGGUCAUCUUUGGUGUCCAACAAGAGGAGACAGAGUUCAAGGCCCGCUGCUAAAGGUGUCCUUCCUUUGCUUAGCGCUGACAGCCAAGAGGGAUCGUCUAUGGGAAGUGAGAAAAGUGAUAAUGAGCUUACCACAACUUUUGGAGAGCUUGAUUUGGAGGCUAUGAGUCGGUUGGAUGGAAGGAGGUGGUCUACAAUCUGUAGGAGUCAAGAAGGUUUAGCACGAGUCUGUCUGAAUGGGGAAAUCAUCGAGGAAAAUUCUCCGGAAAAUAUCAAAAGUCUUAGCUGGAAAUAUAGGCCAAUGUUUUUCAACGAAUUGUUUGGGCAGAAAAUGGUUGUUCAGUCACUCAAGAGUACGAUUUCAAAGGGGAGGAUUGCCCCAGUUUAUCUUUUCCACGGUCCCCGUGGGACUGGAAAAACAUCAACUGCAAGAAUUUUUGCUGCUGCUUUGAAUUGCCUUGCCACUGAAGAGACUAAGCCCUGUGGUUUCUGCAGGAAGUGUGCUGAUUUCUUAUCUGGCAAGAGCAAGAAUCACCAAGAAGUUGACGUUUCCAAUAAAAAUGGAAUUGAUAGAGUCAAAAAUAUUUUCAGAAAUCUAGCUGGGGUUUCCUCAUCGACCGUUGCGCAGUAUAAGGUUUUUGUCAUUGACGAGUGUCACUUAUUGCCCUCGAAGACAUGGCUGGCAUUUCUUCGAUUUCUUGAGAAACCACUGCCACAUGUCAUGUUCAUAUUAGUUACAACUGAUUGUAACAAUAUUCCCCGUACUAUAUUGUCCAGGUGUCAUAUGCACCUCUUCAACAAAAUUAGCAACAGCGACAUUAUUAUCCGAUUGAGGAAGAUCGCCGCUGACGAGAACUUAGAUGUUGAAGCAAAUGCAUUAGAUUUGAUUGCUUCGAAUGCAGAUGGUUCGCUGCGAGAUGCAGAAACAUUGUUAGACCAGUUAAGUUUGUUGGGAAAAAGAGUCACGACUUCCUUGGUAAAUGAACUUAUUGGGGUUGUUUCUGAUGAGAAACUACUGGUCCUACUGGAGUUAGCCAUGUCAUCAAACACCACAGAGAUGGUGAUAAAAGCCAGAGAAUUGAUGGAUUCAGGGGUUGAUCCAAUAGCUCUAAUGUCUCAGCUGGCGGCCAUUAUUGUAGAUAUUAUUGCGGGAACUUACCCAAACAUUGAUGCCAAGCUCAAUAGUUCAUUCUUUGGUGGAAGAAGUUUGUCUGAAAGAGAAUUAGAUAAAUUGAAGCAUGCGCUGAUGCUUCUUUCUGAGGCAAAAAUACAUCUGAGAGUUUCAAGUGAGCAGUCGACGUGGUUCACGGCAACCCUUUUACAGUUAGGUUCAGUCCCUUCACCAGAUCGAACUCAGUCAGGAAGUAGUCGAAGACAAAGCUUCAAGACAAAUGGCCAGCAUCACAUUCAUACGUUCAGAGAAGCUACUGCACAGAAACAGAGAUCUGAUGCUGCCAAUUUCAAUCCCAGUAGCAGCCAAUCAAUCGAUUAUGAAGCAUUGACCAUCAGACACAAUGACUUCUUAAGUGGGAAAAGUAAAUCAAGACACAUGAACACUAACACGUUGAUUGAUAUUUGGGCGCAAUGCGUUGAGAAGUGCCAUUCAAGAACUUUGAGGCAUCUGCUUCAUACAUAUGGAAAGCUCGUGUCAAUAUCUGAAGUUCAAGGUUGUUUUGUUGUUUAUAUUGCAUUUGCAGAUAGUAAUAUUAAAACCAGAGCAGAAGGGUUUCUUAGCAGUAUCACGAACUCAUUUGAAAUUGUUCUACGACGCAAUGUGGAGGUUAAAAUUAUCCUGUUACCCGAUUCCUUCAGACAGAAGCAGAUGGAUCCUAUCAUUUCAAUGGAGAAUGAGAACAAAUCAAUAUGCUCGAGUGCAAUAGAAGCCAAUUUGAACCUUGAUUCACGUCAGAAGCCACCAAAGGUAUCAAGGGGAAGCUUUAUUGAGUCCAAAGGACAUCAAAUGGAGCCCUCUGAGAGUGGAACUGGGAAUGAUCGGGUGCGGAGAAUUGAAUCCAUUAUCCGUGAGCAGAGACUGGAAGCUGCAAGGUUGCAGGCCAUGGAGAAAGAUGCUCAUGCAUCAACGAACCGUUUGAGACCCGAAAGGAAUCAAGUCUUGCCCCAGGAUGGCUCAUUUCAUCAAAAUAACAUGGAUUCAUUGACUUCCAUAGACUUACCCUUGCAGCACUGGGAAGACGAGUUAAAUCGUGAAAUCAAAGCUUUAAAGAUUAAUGAAGGAACUGAAUCUCAAAUGGACGAUGUUAUUAAGAGGAUCAGUCCUUACCCCAUCUCUCCAAGCUUGUUGCAUAAUAGCAGAUUUGCAACCAAUUUCAGCAGAGAUAACAUGGGAUAUGAAUCAGGAUUGGUAGGUGGCGGUUGCAGUGGGCUUUUCUGUUGGAAUAAAAGCAAAACUCACAGAAGGGAAAAGGUUAAACGAUAUGCACCAACGCACAGGUGCAAAAGCAGACGAUUUUCAUGGUUUGGAGAGUGUGCAAAAUCGAGAAGAACACAUAGCAGAUACAAAAUAUAAUAGAGUAGGGUAAGAUUUUGUGUUUCAACUGAUUGUUUAUGUUUUUACAGGCUUAACUUCGCUAUUCGGGUAAAACGUAGAAGUUUUAAGGAUCAAUAAGAACAUGGUUAUGUAAAGUUACUUUGUCCUUGUUUGAACCUUAAUUUUUGAAACUCCUUUUCAUUUUUUCCUUU